AUGUUUGGCAGCACAGGUAACUGGGGCCGAUAUGGCGUCAAGCGAGUCCGUCUUGAUCCCUUGGACUCUUACAACCAACAAAACGGUAGUCGCAAAAGCCUGCUUGCUCGUCUCAAUUCAGCAGGGGAAGAGAAGUCAAAUGCGCCCGCCACCCUCUGCCCUGAAAAGCCUCGAUACAUCGACGUGACAGCCGCGUUCUUCGGCAAGCAGAGACGCCCUGCACAGGAAAGCCAGGGCCAGAUACCACGGCCGUCUCCGACAUCGCCUCGUCUAGUACAACAGCAGAAACCCUCACGUCCAUUCCAUCAAGAAAAGCAAAACCAUGACAAAAUGCGUCGGCCCGUUGUCAAUGAAUCGCCUGUCGCCAAAGAGCUGAGAGACGAGCUGGCAGGCAGCUUCGCGACUGAGUCGAGCCAACUCCACAACAACGGGCUCACUCAGCUUCAAGACUUGUACGAAGCUUUGAAAGGUGUCAUGGCUGACAUGGAAGGCGAAGAUGAUCGCUUCCUCGCUCUUGUGGAGUCAAACCAAAAGAAAAUGAUCAAACCACCCUCUGAGACAGUCAUUGCGGAAAGCUCCAGCGACGAACAGGGAAAUACAACUCGUCGCGAGGUCUGCAUCGGCGAGGAGGUUGCCGCGGUUGGUGACCUCAUACAGAUCCUUGAGACGGAAGUGAACCAGUUGUGGGACGCUUGGGAGGCCGCUGAACGGGAGGUCCAGGCCAGGCUCGCUGAACUGGGUGGCGAAAUCAAUCUCCCAGCGGGCAAGAAUUACUCUGGCAAAGAUGUGCGGCAGUCUCUGGCGGAAGACAUGAAAGCCUUUGGCGCAGAAGCAGAGGACAUCAUCGAAGACUCGCAUGAGGAAGCUCGGGCGUGCGAAAAGGAAUUUGGCAAAAAGAUACAUGGUGCCAUGUCCGCUCUUCUGCAGCAGUAUCUGUUGGAAGACUAA